AUUUUAUCUGCGCGCCUACAUUGCGCGCGAUGGCGAUUCUCUCUCGCAAAAUGUAAACAUUAUAUACAAAUUCGUUUCCUGCAGAAAUAAGAAAAACAGUUUAUAAUUAGUGUACAUGACUCAUCAAUUUUACGAUACUAAAGUAAACGGAAGUUAUUUUUUAAAUACUGAACUUUUAUAUCAGUCAACAACUUUUGUUUUUCGUUUCGUUCGUUUUUUUUCCCACCGUGGUUGAAGUUUCUUUCAGUUUCUUUAAAGUGAAUAGAACUGAACAUAGAGACAGGAGACUAUUAUUUAUCUAAAUUCGAAGUGUCAGGAACAAUAUUUAUUAACCCCAAAAAAUUAUAAUAUUAGGUCAUGGAUUCAAAAGGUUGUUAACUGUAAAAAUAUAGACCGAAAUUAAAAUAAGUUACAUAAUUGGUUGGAUACUUAAAAAACUUAGAAAUAAUUAUCAGAGAAAGUUUAUUGCAGCUGAAUAAGUCGAGAAUGUCUGCAACUUUAGCAACUGAUGAGCGCAUGGUGAAGGCUGUUAAGAAAAUAGUUCCAAAUUUAAGUUCCUCGAAGCAUAAGGGUCAGGAUGGACGAAUUGGAAUUGUUGGUGGUUCAGUUGAAUAUACGGGAGCUCCUUAUUAUGCAGGAAUGAGUGCCCUUCGACUUGGUGCUGAUUUAGUUCACAUAUUUUGUACAAAGGAAGCCAGUACGCCGAUAAAAUGUCUAAGUCCCGAUUUGAUAGUUCAUCCGAUUUUGGAUCAUCAGACUCCGAUUAAGGCUAUUAAACCAUGGUUAGAACGAUUGCACGUUAUCAUUAUUGGAUGUGGUCUUGGGAGAGAUGAGAAAAAUAUGAAAACAGUCGUCGAGCUCAUUGGUGUUUGUCGUCAUAUGAAAAAGCCCCUGGUCAUUGACGCUGAUGGUUUGUUUAUCAUUGGAAUGAAACCGGAUCUUUUGAAGGACUAUCCAGGUGUUAUUCUCACGCCAAAUGCAAUGGAAUUUAGUCGAUUGUUCAAGAGCUUUUUGGAUAGAUCAAUUCAACCGGCGUCGGUACCAAAAGCGGCUGAUGUUAAAUUUUUGGCUGACUCGAUUGGAAAGAAUAUUGUGAUUCUUCACAAGGGGGCGAAGGAUAUAAUUGCUGAUGGACACAAGGCGACUGAAACGGUGACUUCUUCUUUGGGUGGAUCUGGAAGACGAUGUGGAGGACAAGGUGAUAUUAUGGCGGGAAUUUUGGCCGUUUUCUGGUGGUGGGCGAUUAGUGCCGGACCCAGUGAAUGUGCACUUUCACCUCAAAUCACUGCUUGCUAUGGUGCAUCACGAAUGACUAGAGAAUGUAAUUCAGCGACUUUUAAACUUAAACAGAGAUCAAUGUUAGCUUCCGAUAUGAUUGAACAAAUUGAACCUGUUUUUGCAAAGAUUUUUGAAAACAACGGUCCAAAGAUUAUAACACCUAGAACUACGUCUUUUUCGAGAAGAACUAGAACUAGAAGCAAUGACGUAUAAAUUAAGAUAAAUUUUCAAAAAAAAAAAAAAGAACAAUCGCCAAAAUAUUUUUGUACAAAUUUUGAAUUCUGAAAAUAUAAUUAAAUACUAGGAAAAAUAAUAAACAACUCUUUAUGUCAAAACGGUAAAUAUUUUUAUACUUAUGUUUCUUACGUCAGUCGAAUUCAAAUAAGCAUAUUUUUUUUUAAAUUCUUAAGCGAGACUAGUGUACAUCGUCAGUGGAAGCGAAUUUGUAUAAUGUUAUGCUCUUUUAUUAAAUUUAUAAAUUCAUCACGUUGAUUAAAAAUCUAUUAUCUAAAUUCUUAAAAUUAAGUAAAUAAAUAAAUUUCCAUUAAAAA